AUGAGCUUGAAUUUUAAAGAUUUGCAAGGAAGUUAUGUACUCAACACUAAAACGCAGUACAUUUUCGAUCCAACUCCGCCAUUUGAUGCCAAAAAAUAUUUAGCUUCAUGGAUAUUCACUCUCGACAUGUCAAAUGUUACAUUGGCAAGUGGAAUGACAGAUGGCAGUGUUCAAGUGGUGCUCAACAGAGCAUUGAUGAAGAAUAUCAAUCCAUACGAAAUGGAACUAAUCGGAGUUAAAUUGUCGAAUCCUUUCGUCAAGAAGGAAACUAUUCCUUUCAAUAAUACUGGACUAUACCAUUUAGAUAGUUCUUUUGAAAUUUCCUUUUCAACACUUCAAUCCAUGAAGAGAAACUAUAUUGCUUUCCAAUAUUAUGUAAAAGCCAUUGUUGAAGGAGAUUUCAAACAAAAACUUAGAAUUAGUUAUCCACGAGAUAUCGAAAGACAAUUGUUUUAUUACAGUUCACAAAUGAUUCUUCUCCUGUCAUAUGACAAUGCUCCUGUCAUUGAUCCAGAUCAAAUUGACAGCAGUCCAGCUAUUCAAUUAGAGUAUGCUUAUGAUGGUGGUGUGAAAAUUCCAGAACCUUAUGAUUACAAUUUGAUUGCCAUCGAUCUGUCAGUUUUCAAUGUUGGAACAACUCCUCUCCAUCAACGAAUGAGCAUCUCAUUUGAUUAUUCGAAAAAAUCAGGAUUUGUUUCAUAUUCAUCACUAGAUCGUACUGCAAAAUUUGUUGACCCAAUGUCAAUAGUUUGUGCAUAUGAAGAGAAUGGAAAAAUAGUCGUGGAUGAAAACUCUCAAGUUUUGGAAGUUACCUCCAGAAAUAGUGUGAAUAGUUAUCAAUCGUUUGUGUUGACAUGUUCAGAUAGACAAUUGACUUCUGAUUUUACAUUGUUCAUGUUUGCCAGAAAGUAUGAUGACAGAACUAGAGCUGUAUGCAAAUUUGGAACUGAGUGUGGAAUUACUUCAUACAUGAUUGCUAGUUAUGAACUCAAAAAUGGAGAACAAUAUGACAAUUUGAUUGCAAGUUUUGAUAAGAAUUCCAAAUUGUCAGGAAGUUUUAUGAUUAACAAUCAAAAUACUGCAAUUUAUUCAAAGUAUGCAGCUCCUUCGACAAUUCAAAAGCCACUCAGUUUAAAGUUUGCAUUUUCAAUUGAUUUUACAGCACAUCGUUUGGAUGUUUCGGAUAAUAUGAUUUAUUUUGAGUAUACUAAUUCAUUGCAACCACAUGUGGAUCCGUUCUCAAUGAGAGUCACAAUUCUUAAUGAAUCAACCAAUAGUUUUGAAUUAUUCCAACCUGAUAUUCCUAAAUUAGGAGAAGCUAAAUGGGCAUUUGAUCCAACAGUUUACAAUAACACUAAUUUAGUAUUUGGUUUGUGGAUUUACGAUAAGAGUACUGCCGUAUUAGGGGAAGCAGUGUUUGUGAAUUAUGCAAGAAAUAUUGAAUAUCAUAAUUUGGAUAAUUUGAAUGUGACAGUUUAUUUUGAAAAAGUUGAAAUUAGACCAGAAACUCAAUCGAGACCUUUUUAUGUUUUAGACAAGUUUGAAGGAGAUUCUAAUAAUGUAGUUGACGAAUCGUUGGAAAUUAUGAAUUAUGAUGAGGGCAGAAUUUUCAAAUUCCUUCCUUCAAUGUCAUUUUCUGAUAAGAAUGGAAAUGCCAUUGAUGUCAAAUUCAGUGAAAUGACAUGUGCUUAUUUAAUUAAGGAUUCAAAUGGUGCCUAUUCUACAAUUGAAUACAGUGAUGACAAACCAACCUUUUCACAAGAUCCAGUUGACAAGGUUUCCAAAUACUUUUUAGAUUGUUCAGAAGAUAUCAGAGCUACUGAAUUUAUUGUUUUGCUCAUUUCCAAGAAAUUCAAGAGAGAAGAACAUGUUAUCAAUUUUGGAGAACCAGUUACAAUUGAUCCAUUUUUCUUGUCAAAAUUUGUGACAGGUUGGUCAGAUAAGGAUAUUUUGCAAGUGACAGUCAAUCCUAAUAGUGACCUUAAGGGUCAAUUCACUCUAGCUAAUAGAGAUGUCAGUUCAUAUCAAGAUUUUAUAUUUCCACAUACUAUUCAACAACCAUUAACCAUUUUAGGAGUAUUUGAUCUUUAUCAUAUUACAGUAUCAACAAGUGAUGUUUUCGAUUUCAAUGCCAUUACUGUUGAAUUUAUCAAAUCUAGUUCAAUUUUCAAUGUGGAUCCAAAAUCAUUCAGAAUAUUCAAAGUUCACACAAAAUCGAAAAUCUUUGAACUUUUAUUUGAUGAUCAACCAUUUGAAGGACCUUGGAAAUUGGAAAUUGACACGAGAACCGGUUCGGAUACUUCAUAUACAUUUGCUAUUUGCGCCUUUGAGGGUAGUUCAGCAAACUUUGAACAAGAAUAUUCCAUUUAUUAUUCUAGAAUGUUAGAGUUUAGUUUAGAAAAAGAUAAAUUGGAAUUUUCUUUCCAAUUGACCACUGAUAAUACUGAAAUCAGUCAAGAAGUUGAACCAUCAUUCAAGCUAGUAAGAAAUGAGACAGUUGGUCAAUUAAUUAUCGAUCCAGUUUCCAAAUCAGAUUAUUAUUCAAUUUACUCAUUCGAUAUUUCUCAGAAUUUAUUGAGUUUUGGUGUGAAAUCUUGGAGAGAAUUCACAAUUUCAAAUUUGGAUAAGGAAUUAGAUAAUUCAACACUUGCAUGCGCAUUUGCAUUUGGAAAGGACAAUUUGCACAUUUCUCCAGAAAAGGCCACUUUUAAGGAUGGUUCUUUCCAUUUGAAUUGUCAAGAAAAUGUGAUGGUCAACUCGUAUCAACUAUAUGUUGUUGCCAAAAAGAUUUUCAUUCCUCCAACUCCAACUCCUUCUCCAUCCGUUCCACCUCAACCAAUUCCAUCUCCUUCCAGACCUAGACCAGAACCUUCUGUAAUUCCACCAAAACCUGAACCAACUAUUGUUCCACCAAAACCAUCGCCAUCUAUUCCAAGACCAAUUCCUAGUUAUUCGAAAGGUCCACAUCCAAUUCCAUCUCCUCAACCAAAUCCAAUAACUUCAUUCGAAAGAGAAAAUGGAAUUCCACUCAUUCAAGAUUCGACAAUUUCCAAGAAAAUCCAAUCAGGAGAAUCAGCUCUCUAUCAAAUAACCAUUCCAUCUCAUUCAAGAUUGUCUCUUUCAUGUUCUACCUUAUCUGGAAAAGAUGUCAUUGUGCUGGUUGGCCAAAAUUUCAAACCAACUAAUCAACACUAUUCAGUAAGAAUGCUUUCAAAUCACAUUCAAUCAUUGGAUAAUCCUUCAUCAAAUUCUCAAAUUUAUUUCAUUGCAAUUGAGGGUCCUAGUGAAGGUUUCUCCCAAUUUACACUUCUGCCAUCUGUCACUCAAUUGAAUGUGAAAUCUUCUUCAUCUCAACACUUACUUGGUCAAAGCAUUACUGGAUUUAUUGUAACUAUUGUGUUAUUGACAUUAUCUUUAAUUGGAACUUUAAUUUUAUUCCUUGCUUGUGGAAUUUAUUGGAAGAAGAAGAAUAAUUUGCAAUAUUCACAAGAGACAACUGGAUUAGUAAGGAGAGGAAAUCCAAAUUCAUUACAAUUGGAAGCAAGUUAUUACAGUGAAAAUAAUUUGUAA